AUGAGUACUCUUGGUCAGGCUCGAUCUUCUAUUUCUCAUACCUUGUAUUUUCAUACCCUGCCUCCAUGCUCAUGGUUCGGCUGCCGAUUGCGAAGUUUCUCGCCACGACACUUUGUGAGCAAUAUUGACCAUGUUGUUAGCUUUCUUUGGGGUGUCGUGCUUGCAUGCCACGCUGCUACGCAUAACUUUUCUGGGCUUAUGGUUACUCGCUUCUUUCUGGGUUUAACUGAAGCAGCUAUUUCUCCUGGUUUCAGCCUGAUCACCGGCAUGUGGUAUACCAGGUCUGAGCAGCCAUUUCGCCAUGGUGUAUGGUUCGCUGGUAACUCCAUCGCAACAGCAUUUGGAGGGCUGGUAGCAUAUGGAGUCGCUCAUAUUGUCGGCUCCAUCCCCGCCUGGAAGUGGCUAUUUAUUAUUUAUGGACUGAUUACCGUUGCCUGGUCGAUUGUGUUUCUUCUAUUCAUGCCAGACUCUCCGUUAUCCGCCCGAUUUCUCUCCCAACGCGAACGCUCCGAGGCUGAAGAACGAGUCAAAGUGAACCAAACAACUAUCAAACACGACAAGAUUGAGUGGCAUCAGGUAUGGGAGGCCUUGACAGACUACAAGAUUUACAUCUUGUUCUUGUUCCAGAUAGCCAACAAUAUCCCCAAUGGGGGCUUGACCAUGUUCUCGGCAUUGGUAGUGAAAGGCUUCGGAUUUUCAACGUUACAAGUUUACCUUUUGUCAAUACCAACUGGUGCUGUGCACGCACUCUUUGCUCUAGGAAGUCUUGUUGGGAGUAUUUUGGUCUACGCCUGUGAAAGCACAGGACUCCGCCUAUUUGGUCUUUACCUGUUUGUUGCCUAUGCGGCGGGUAUUCCCAUGACCCUCUCCAUGGUCUCAUCCAAUGUUGCUGGCUUUACCAAAAAGGCAACUGUGAGCGCGAUGAUGUUCAUCGCUUACUGCGCAGGAAAUAUCAUCGGUCCAUUUUUGUUUUUUGCGCGUGAAGCUCCAGGCUACAAGAGCGGUUUCAUCGCAAUGAUGGUGUGUCUUGGGGUAGCAACUGUUCUGAUCCUAGCCCUAGGGUUUUGUUGGCGGUUAGAAAACUCACGGAGAGAUCGGGUAUACGGGCCUGCGGCCUUUAUGCCUACGAAUGGACCCAAGGAACUAGCUCAGGGGUUAUCUGGGACGACGGAGGAUCUAACCGAUGUUCAGAAUACGGCGUUCAGAUAUGUCUUCUAA